AGUCUCAACAUCUAAGGCACCGCCAUCAUGUUCUACGUGCAUGAAAUUCUCCACCGGCGCAAGGGGAAGUUCGGGCUGCUUUGGUUGGCAGCGACCUCGCCAAAGUCUGUCCGCCAUGUGAAGCUCUUGAAUAUAUCCUUGGCCAAGCUGAGUGAGGACCUUCAGCGCGAGCUGACCAAAGGGAUCUUUGGAAACAAGUCGCUGCGUUUCUCCCUGCGGCUGUCGUGCCAGCUCAUCAUGGGGCUCUGGGUGCUCUACCGCAGAAAGGCCGCCCUCGUCCGAGGGGACUUCCAUGAUGCCUGCAACACUGCGCUUCAGUCAGGCGACGUGGGUUUCUGGCCACCACUGUGGGGCGUUGACACUGGCAGGCUCUUGGCAGCCUGCCCCCGCCAUGCGUUCCUGUGCUUUGUGCUGUUUCUGCUGCCUUCCUUCACUGAUGUUCCUCCAUACUUCACUGCCAUACCUUCGUGA